UUGGGUCUGAGUAAUAACAAGUUAACAACCCUCAAACCUGGCAUGUUCACAGGGCUGGGAAAUGUGCAGAGCCUUUCUCUAAGCGAUAAUGAAAUGACUGAUAUUCAGGCUGGAACUUUUAGUGCAACAUCACAGCUAAGAAACUUGAAUCUGCAUAAUAACAGGUUAACAAACCUCAGAUCUGACAUGUUCACAGGGCUGGGAAACCUACGGAGCAUUAUGUUGGAUGAGAAUGAUAUCAUUGGUAUUCAGGCUGGAAUUUUUAAUUCAACACCACAACUUUCGCUCUUGUACCUGCAAAACAACAACAUUCAAUCCAUUCCUUCCAACUUACUGAUAAAUUUAAUGCAACUUGCAGAACUCAGACUGUCUGACAACAACAUCACAAUGUUUCCCUUUGAAGACUUGUCAACCAUUCAAAGACUUAAUUAUCUUCAUCUUCACAAUAACCAAAUGACAACCCUUCCCUCUAUGGCCUAUGACAUACUCACCUCCAUCUCUGAUGUAAAAAUUAACAACAACCCCUGGCAGUGUGACUGUAGGAUGGUGGACUUUAGGAUAAAAAUGACCGGGUCACGUUCAUUUGAAAACCAAAUCAAUUGUUCCCAACCUGACAGCCUCAAUGGGCAGAAGCUUAUCGACAUCAACCCUGAAAAUCUUUUCACAAACUGUCAAGACCCAACAAUCAUAAGAUUUGAGAGGAGCAAAGAUAACAUUCUGGUACAUGGUGACACUCUUCAUUUGGUUUGUGAAGCCACAGGAAUCCCCACACCAGACAUCACAGUCAUUCUUCCUUCUGGACUGAAUGCUACUUUAGAUGUGAACAGUACCAUCACCAUCACCAAUGUCACUGCAGCAGAUGCUGGUUUAUAUGUCUGUAUUGCAGACAGUCCUGUUGGUACUGCAUUUGCCACCCUGUCUGUAGAUCUGGCCUAUGAAGAGCCAAGUAUUCUUAGGUUUGAGAAAGUCAACAUUGAUCCAUUGGCACAAGGAGAGACAUUUCGUUUGGUGUGUGAAGCGUCAGGAAUCCCCACACCAGACAUCACAGUCAUUCUCCCAUCUGGGCAAAAUGCUACUGUCGCAUCAGUUGGUAGAGUAACUGUGGUGGAGAAUGGUACAUGUAGAAACACAAUAGCCAACAGUGCAGCAACAGAUGCUGGUCUGUAUGUCUGUAUAGCAGUAAAUCCAGCUGGCUCCACUUUUGCCACCCUGGUUGUAGACCUACAUACUGUGCAAACAACUGUUUUACCACCUUUACUGACACCACCUCUUGGUACAACCUCAAGCAGCCAAGAAAGCACCACUGACCAUGACUCUGCUACAACCUCCUUCUCUCCACCUGUUUCUGUUGUCUCUUCACCUUCAAAACAGCCUGGAUAUGUCCCCACUUUCUCCUUGCCUGUCCUCCUUGCAGCUGUCUGUGGUUCGGUAGCCGGUACUCUGUUUAUCGGUGGCAUCAUUCUCGCCAUCUGGUGCAAGAGGAACAACCAGAGUGCUCACAAACGCCCAGACUUCAGCGUUGUUUUUAACAACACCAACACCACAACUACUGUGAUCACCAAUGGACACAAUCUGACAGGGCAAACUCAGCCCCAACCAACUCGGCCACCCUCCUCCCAGUUCGAACCUUACGAAGACGUGCAGCCUCCUCUAAGAGAUGCAGUUCCGAGCCAAUCCGCUAGAGGGCAGGCCCUCCGACCACCCAACAGGAGCAACAAUGAACCUCCCCCAGUCCCCCCUCCCCGCACAGCUAGUGCUACUGGGUAUGAGAAUAUCCCCGAGCACGCCUACCAACCUCUGGCACUCACUAGGAAUCAGCCUGACGCUUUUCAUCACUACCAGUCACUCAGAAGGACCUAGAUAGAUUCUGUAAGUUUUUUACAACCAAAAGAUUUAAUUCCCACUCUUAAGAUUAAAAAAGCCAACAAUAACUACACAUGUAGUAGACAAACAACCAGCCUGAAUGUCACACAAUGUCACUAUUCACGUUAGUGCUGCAUGUCAUAGUUACAUUUAGUCCAAACACUCUCAGCUUGUACAGCCUUCAUAUAUAUAUAUAAAGAGAUAAAUGUAAGGCAGUCACUCAGAAGAACAUAAAUUAGAUCCUAAAUUUUCAAAACUCCCACCCUUAAAUUAAGAGAAAAAAAAACAAUAAGAGGAGAUAAACAACCAGCCUGAAUGUCACUCAGUUACAUCUGUUUUCAAUAGUGAUGCAUGUUAUAGUUACAUGUACAUGUAGUUAAACACUCUUAGCUUGUACAGGCUUAAAUAAUAUACAAGAAUUAUAGCAAGAAAUGAGAAUAGCCAUCUAAAUUAUAACCUAAUUUGAUGUAAGAAUCAUGAGUUGAUGAAAAUAAUAUACAUGUAGUCAGAAGGAUCUUCUAUUUCUAAAAGCAUUUUAUUGGUUUGGUCAUAUUCAUUGUUCAGUAGUUAAUGAUUCAAAGAACUUUAGAAAUAGAAUCUGAUAAAUUGUAAAAAGUCAUGAUUAAUAUUUUGUGUUUUAUUUUUCUUUCUCAUAGAAAGCUAUUAUUUCUAAACAUGAUGAAAGGUUUUGUUACCUAUUGUUUUGUAUGUGGUGUUUAUAAAGUCUUUGUAUUGACAGUUUUGUGUGUGUGUUUGUGCGUGUGUUUGUGUGUGUGU